AAAUUCAGUACACAAGCACCAUACGUCUAUUGUUACAUCAAGUCAUUGUUAAAAAGAAAACAAAAAAAUAACAGGAAAAAUAUUUGGGUCAACUUUAUAUUUCAAUAUUAUUCCACCUCUCACACGUGUACGUGGUAAUUAUUAUGUGUAAAUCGUAAUGCGAAGAUGGUGUGUGCCGAAUGUCCAAUGGUCCCAGUUGGUGUUGUGCGCGACAGUGCUAUUCCUGCUGGGCGGCCUGCACAUUUACAGAGGUCCCAACGGCGAACCACAGACUUUGGACGAACUGGCCGUCGACGAGGACACGUCCGGUUUCGUCCGCACCACACAAGACGACCGGACGUACCGGAGACUCAGGUUCCCGAAGACCAGCAGACGGUUGCCUCAGGCGAUCAUCAUCGGUGUGCGGAAAGGUGGCACUCGGGCGCUGUUGGAGAUGCUGUUCCUUCACAAGUCCGUGCAAAAGGCCAACGGCGAGGUGCACUUCUUCGACAGAGACGACAACUACGAGCGUGGCCUGGACUGGUACAGGAGGCGGAUGCCGUACUCGUUCCCCAACCAAAUCACCAUUGAGAAGAGCCCCAGCUAUUUCGUGACCCCCGAGGUACCGGAACGCAUCAAGGCGAUGAACUCGAGCGUGAAACUACUGCUGAUCCUGCGGGAGCCGGUGAUCAGGGCCAUAUCGGACUACACGCAGCUGCACAGCAACCCGAUGGCCAACCGGAGCAGCCGGUCGUUCGAGCAGCUGGUGAUCCGGCCGGACGGCACGGUCAACACCAAUUACCGACCGAUCGCCGUGUCCACGUACCACAACCACGUUUACCGGUGGCUGGACGUGUUCCCGCGGGACCAGCUGUUCGUGGUCAACGGCGACCGGCUCAUCACCAAUCCGGUGUCCGAGCUGAAGCGCAUCGAGACGUUCCUGGGGCUGGAGCACCGGAUCGGCGCGGACAACUUCUACUUCAACCGGACGAAAGGGUUCUACUGCCUGCGUUACGAUUCGGUGGACAAGUGCCUGAAGGAGACCAAGGGACGCAAGCAUCCGGACGUCCGUCCAUCCGUGGUGUCCAAGCUCCGCGAGCACUUCGGUCACCACAACCAGAAGCUGUACGAAGUGCUGGGCCAGGACUUCGGGUGGCCGGAGAAGUGAUUGUCACGUCAGCGAUCAGGGGAGAAGGGGAUCGAUGGUGAUAAUUCGACGGUGUUUCCGUUUCAUCGUUUUAUUUGUACUUUUAACGUUUUACGAUUUUUUUUUACAAUUUUUAAUUUUUUUUUUUUUUUUUUUUAUAUACUACAGGGAAUAAAUAUAUAAUAUAAUAAUACCGCGAUGUCACAAAGGACAUAGUCGCGAUAAACCGUAACGCGCACUCGUUUGUACGCGCAAUAUUUUUCAUUUUUUUUUUUCUUCCUUUUCUUCUUCUUCUUUCACCACGAAAUACGUCGCGUAACGCGUCGCACUCGGGGCCCGUUCGUAAAUAAAUAUAUAUGUGUAUGUGUGUAACGAGAAGGGUUUUUAGGUUGGUUCCGGACGUUUCAAUGGCACACGUUUAUCAGGACAGCGCCACCGGUUUUCUCCCGCGUUUCAACGCGCAACCGAUCGGAUAUUUGAACUCCUCGAUCCGCGAACACCGAUACAAAACAAUCGACACCGGUCGUGAGAAAAAAAAUAAAAAACAAAUAAACGUAUGAAUCUUCGAGUGACACAAACCGAUAUAUAUGUAUGGAAAAAUCUUACACGCGACAAUAACGAUAAAACCAACACGUAAAAACCUGUAGAAAAGCCAACGUUUCGAUAUACCGGUGAGGUCAUCGUGUGUUUUGUUCCGGCAGUUUUUCAAACCGAGUGUUUCGUUAGUUCGCGUCAGUUUCAGCCCGGAUCGGAUUCGUACGUCUCACGGACCGGGUCCCGGACCCGCGAUCCCUUUCGUCCGACAAACCCCGGUGCUCUUUUGCGCCUAACCGCCCCGCCACGUUUCCCGUGAAAACAUGUCGUCACGCGACCCGAAAACGGUGCGAUAUCCGAUCUCGGUCGGCCGAGAAAUAAAAACACCGCCGAACAACCAUUGUCGCCAUAUCGAAUACCGGAAAUAACUCUUUACAACCCGACAGAUCUGUACGCACCUCGACGCGUUCAUAGCAUAGUACAAAUGCGUAAACGGUAAGACACAUCCUCUAACCGUUUACCAAAAUAACCUCGGUCAAGGAGAUAUCAUCGGCGCUAGCGGUCGAAUGUAGCCGAUUACCGUCACAUUAUUGUUAACAAAUGCCGAUCAGCAAUAAUCCGUAACAUUAAAUUCUCGUCGUUUCCGACGAUAUGCGCUCGAUUCGAAUUUUACACGCACACACACACACAUAUAUAUAUAUAUAUACACACGUUUAUACAUAUUUGUUAUGUACAAUGUCGCGUUGAACGCGCGUUUCGUUCGUUUGUUCGCUAUUAUAUUAUAUAAUGUAUUUACCUACUGUUUUUUGAUUUCGUUUUUAACGUUACGAAACCGAUCAUAUCAACUGAAUAGACUUUUUUUCGAGUAAUUAUUAAGCAUAUACAUUUAUAUACAUAUAUAUAUAUUAUUAUUAUUAUUAUUAUCAUUACUGUUGUACUGUAAUGUUGUAUUUUAAGGUAACCAUAAACAUAUCACAACGUGUUUCCAUCGUAGCGUAUUCAUAAUUCGUGUACUAUUGUCGUGUUACGAUUGCGUUCGCGUUUAAAACUAUCGUGAAACCUGUCUGCACCACGUGCGUUAUGAAUAAUGUCCGCGGUACGGGCAGAAGUCGUACAGGAUAUCAGCCGCGCAGGAUUCCGUUCCUCGACCUCGGGGUUUUGCACGAACAUUACUGAAAACGUAACCAAAUCCGCGUGACCAUUAGCGGUUGGAAUGCGCAGUGUUCGGACGACGGUUUUUUUUUUUUUUUUUCAUUUUUUUUCUUCCCGUCAAACGAUCUACGCACUCCGCCGCGGCCUCGAGCGCCGGAAUCCUCGCGGCCCCGUUUUGUACUCCGUAAUUUAUACAUAUCAUCGUCGUAUUGUUAUCAAUUAUUAUCGUAUGCAUAUCAAAUAUCGUGAUAACGAUUUGGCCCAAAUGUAAACAAUGUCUACCGAACGAAAACAUAUCAUAUUUUGUCGAACGUUAUAACAUUGUGUAUUAUUAUUAUCAUUAUUAUUACCUCUAUUAUUAAUAUUAUUAAUUUUACUAUUGAAUUUUAUGUAUUUUGUUUUCGUUUUUGUACCGUUAUUGUAAACUACAUGUAUUGUGUAAUAGUCGAAUUAGAUAAAAUUAAUAAAUUUGCUUACACGUACGUAUGUAUUAAGGAUAUAUGUAUUAUGUAUCAAGGAUUAUGGUGGUUGAUGAGGGAAAACCUAUUCGCGGUACAACACACACACAUACACAGUUAUAUUAAUUUAUCAAAAUAUUAUGAGACUACCACGGCCAUGAUUGUAUGCGUUAAACGAACGGUUUUCUUUUUCAUUUCCAAACGUUCUUUUUUAUUGUUACAAUAAACACCACAACCAUCGCAAAUCUUUCACAUAACUGACGAAUUUUUCUUUCACGCAAGUUUUCGUUACGGACCGGUUAAGCAUAGCGCUUUAAGGAAACGCAUGUUGUUACAAAAACUUAUGGACUUAUUCCACUAUUAUUUAAUAAAAAUUCAGUAUCUUU